UGUUCACAGAACAUAGAGUUCUGCUGUCUUCCUCUGGCAAAGCUCUUAUGCACCAGAACUCCUAAAGAUAAACAGAGAGAAGACGUUAUUGCAAUGGGAGAUGAUUUCGCCUCCAGAGGAUUGUUCUAUCCAGCACAAAUCUGCUACAUGGUAGCACAAAUAGAGCUGGGAUCACGACCCAAGUUCCAACUGAUUGGCCAUGACAGCACCAUUCGGCCAGGCAGUAAAUCCUCCCUGAAGGUUGUGACUGAAAGGACUGAGGUUUAUGAAUAUGCACUGUCUCUGAUCUCAGGGUUUGGCCAAUCAGACUUCCAGCAGUUCAAGGCCUUUUAUGCUUGGAAGCUCUUCGGGAAUGAACUUGAUGAUCAGGCACUUGAUUAUUGUGAGAGCGUCGCUACUACAAUCCUCCGAUUUCCUCAUCUCAUCAAAAGCAAUGUGCUGAAAUGUGUCACAUAUCUUUCAGACAAUCUGAUCGUGGUAAGAAAAGAGAAAGAACCCGAGUGGCUUAGAAAACUUCAUCAGCUGGUGGAAAGAAGACCAAAGUCUUUUGAUGUCUCUUCUUUUGACUUGGAGCGGGCUAGCUCAAGUGUUUUUGGAUCUCAUGAUGUAGCUCUCCACGAGUUCCACCCUUCACAACACAAUGAGUUUGAUACCCGCUACGCUGUGGUAGAGCUGAUAGUGAACGAAUGUUUCGGCGCUCUCUACACUGGGCUCCGUAAGGCAGAUGGGAAAGAGGUCACCAUUAAAUGUAUGGCCAAACCUCCUGAGGAUGAACUCAUCACCAUUCCUGGACAGAACUACAUGCUGCCUCGAGAGGUGGUUGUAAUGGAGCUAGUGUCCAAGCACGCUCUCUGUGAGAAUGUGGUGGAGCUGCUGGAAUGGUUCGAGACAUCCACUUUCUACAUCUUAGUGGUUGAGCGACCCAACUCUUGCAUAACCCUUCAUAAAUACUGCAAACUUUACAAUAGUCGAUUGCCUGAACCAGUGGCUCAGAAGGUCAUGCAACAGGUGGUUCGAGCUGUUCAUCACUGCUGUGAAUGUGGAGUUCUUCACUGUAACUUCGAGCAGAAUCUUCUAAUCAAUCCGGAGACACUGGAGGUGAAGUUGGUGGACUUUGGCAGUGCUGAGCUGAUGAUGCCAGAGCUCUACACAGACUUUGCAGGAAGCUUAGCUUUUGCUCCUCCUGAGUGGGUCCAAUACAGUAUGUAUUUUGGACUUUGUGCUAUCUUUUGGGGUCUGGGGGUUCUCCUGUUUGAGUUGGUCUGUGGAGAUUCACCUUUUGGCAGUGAAGAGGAGAUUGUUAAGGGGAAUCUGUCAUUUGCUCCUGGUCUGUCUGAUGAGUGCUGCGACUUGAUACAGCAGUGCCUGAAUAAAGACCCUGACUGUCGACUAACUUUCAAGCAAAUCCUGGAGCACAAGUGGUUCGAGGAGGGUCUUGAGGACUCGGCCAUGUUGCUUAUGGAAGGAUCUGAUGAUCAUCCACACAGGACAGGGGAGUCUGAUGACCUGCAGCGGUAUAAGAUACUUCCUGCCAUUUCUAUCUCUUCUGGUGACUCGGAGCGAGCCAACUCAAGUGUCUCUGAGUCUCAGGAUGUAGAUAUUCAGGAGUUCCAUCCUUCACAACACAAUGAGUUUGAUACACGUUACGCUGUGGUAGAGCUGAUAGUCAGUGAAUGUUUCGGUGCUCUUUACACUGGAGUCUGUAAGGCAGACGGGAAGGAGGUCACUAUUAAAUGUAUGAUCAAACCUCCUGAAGAUGAACUCUUCACCAUUCCUGGACAGACCCACAUGCUGCCUCAGGAGGUGGGAGUAAUGAAGCUGGUGUCCCAGCCUCCUCUCUGUGAGAAUGUGGUGGAGCUGCUGGAAUGGUUCGAGGCACCCACGUUCCACAUCUUGGUGGUGGAGCAACCCAAACCCUGCUUGAACCUUCAUAAAUUCUGUAAACUUUACAACAGUCGUUUGCCUGAACCAGUGGCUCAGAAGGUCAUGCAGCAGGUGGUUCGAGCUGUUCGUCACUGCUGUGAACGUGGUGUUCUUCACUGUGACUUCGAGCAGAAUAUUCUGAUCAAUCCGGAGACACUGGAGGUGAAGUUGAUGGACUUUGGCAGUGCUGAGCUGAUGACGCCAGAGCUCUACACAGACUUAGAAGGAAGCCUAGCUUUGGCUCCUCCUCAGUGGGUACAAUAUAGUAUGAAUUUUGGACUUCCUGCAGUAUUCUGGGGUCUGGGGGUUCUUCUGUUUGAGUUGAUCUCUGGAGAGUUGCACUUUUGCAGUGAAGAGGACACUGUUAGACAGAGUCUGUCGUUCGCUCGUGGUCAGUCUGAUGAGCACUGUGACCUGAUACAGCAUUGCCUGAACAAAGACGCUGAAUGUCAACCCACUUUCAAGGAAAUCCUGGAAGACAAGCGGUUCGAGGAGGGAUUUCAGGACUCUGCUGUGAUGCAGACAGAAGGAUCUGAUGAUCAUUCUUGCAGCACAGGGGAGGCUGAUGUUUUACAGUGGGAUGAGAAAUUUCCAGAUAUUUCUAUCUCUCCUGAUGAUUUGGAGUGGGCAGAGUCUCAGGAUGUAGAUCUGCAGGAGUUCCACCCUUCACAACAAAAUGAGUUUGAUACACACUACAUUGUGGAAGAGUUAAUAGCGAACAAGCGGUGUGGUGCUCUCUACACUGGGGUCCGUAAGGCAGAUGGAAAAGAGGUCGCCAUUAAAUGUAUGGCCAGACCUCCCGAGGAUGAACACAUCACCAUCCCAGGACGGACGUGCAUGCUGCCUAGGGAGGUGGUGUUAAUGAAGCUGGUGUCCAAGCCUCCUCUCUGUGAGAAUGUGGUGGAACUGCUGGAAUGGUUCGAAGCACCCACUUUCUACAUCUUGGUGGUGGAGCGACCCAACCCCUGCAUAAACCUCCAUAAAUUCUGUAAACUUUACAAGGGUCGACUGCCUGAAGCAGUGGCUCAGAAGGUCAUGCAGCAGGUGGUUCAAGCUGUUCAUCACUGCUGUGAACGUGGUGUUCUUCACUGUGACUUUGAGGAGAAUAUUCUGAUCAAUCCGGAGACACUGGAGGUGAAGUUGGUGGACUUUGGCAGUGCUGAGCUGAUGAUGCCAGAACGAUACAUUGACUUACCAGGAAGCUUAGCUUUCUCUCCUCCUGAGUGGGUAAAAUACAGAAUUAAUUUUGGACUUCCUGCUAUCUUCUGGGGUCUGGGGGUUCUCCUGUUUGAGUUGGUCUGUGGAGAGUUGCCCUUUGGCAGUGAAGAGGAGAUCAUAAAGCGGCAACUAUCAUUUGUUUCAGGGCUGUCUGAUGAGUGCUGCGACUUGAUACAGCACUGCCUGAACAAAGACCCUGAAUGUCGACCAACUUUUAAAGAAAUCUUGGACCACAAGUGGUUUGAGGAGGGCCUUCAAGACUUGGCCAUGUUGGUGACGGACGGAUCUGAUGAUCAUUCAUGUAGGACAGGGGAGCCCGGAUUCCUGCAGAGGGAUAAAAUGUUUCCAGCUUUUUCCAUUUCUUCUGGUGACUCAGACCGGGCCAGCUCAAGUGUCUCUGAGUCUCAGGAUGUAGAUCUCCAGGAGUUCCACCCUUCACAACACAAUGAUUUUGAUGCACGCUAUGCUGUGGUAAAGGUGAUAGUGAGCGAAUGUUUUGGCGCUCUCUACACUGGAGUCCGUAAGGCAGAUGGGAAAGAGGUCACCAUUAAAUGCAUGCUCAAACCUCCUGAGGAUGAACUCAUCACCAUUCCAGGACAGACAUACUUCCUGCCUCUGGAGGUGGUCUUAAUGGAGUUAGUGUCCAAGCCUCCUCUCUGUGAGAAUGUGGUGGAGCUGCUGGAAUGGUUCGAGACGUCCACUUUUUUCAUCUGGGUGGUGGAGCGACCCAACCCCAGCAUAAACCUGGAUAAAUUUUGUAAACUUUACAACGGUCGACUGCCUGAACCAGUGGCUCAGAGGGUCAUGUGGCAGGUGAUUCGAGCUGUUCAUCACUGCUGUGAACGUGGAGUUUUUCACUGUGAUUUCGAGCAAAAUCUUCUGAUCAAUCCGGAGACACUGGAGGUGAAGUUGGUGGACUUUGGCAGUGCUGAGCUGAUGACGCCAGAGCUCUACACAGACUUAGAAGGAAGCCCAGCUUUCUCUCCUUCUGAGUGGGUGGAACACAGUAUGUAUUUUGGACUCCCUGCUCUCUUCUGGGGUCUGGGGGUUCUCCUGUUUGAGUUGGUCUGUGGAAAAUUGCCCUUUUGCAAUGAAGAGGAGAUUGUUAAGGGGAAUCUGCCAUCUGUUGCUCUUCUGUCUGAUGAGUGCUGCGACUUGAUACAGCAAUGCCUUAACAAGAACCCCAACUGGCGACCAACUUUUAAGCAAAUCCUGAACCACAAGUGGUUCGAGGAGGACGAGCUUCAUGACUCGGCCGUGUUGGGGACGGAAGGAUCUGAUGAUUAUUCAUUCAGGACAGGGGAGUCCAAUGUCCAGCAGUGGGAUGAGAUCUUUCCAGGUAUUUCUUUCUCUUCUGAAGACUCAGAGCCGGCCAGCGCAAGUGUCUCUGAGUCUCAGGAUGUAGAUCUCCAGGAGUUUCACCCUUUACAAGACAAAAAGUUUGUUUCACGCUACGCUGUGGUAGAGCUGCUCGGAGACGGACACUUUGACUCCGUCUACACUAGAGACCGUAAUGCAGAAGGAAAAGAGGUGGACAUUAAAUGUAAGGCCAAAUCUCCCGCGGAUGAACUCAACACCAUCUCCAGAAAUAUGUGUUCUCCAGUAUGAGUUGGUGGAAAUUGCUGAGAGGAUCUGUGAUCUCUGAUGUGAUCCGUUCCUGUUCCCUCUGUUGAGAGCCGUGACCUGCUACAGCAGAGCCUGAACUGUGUAGACUGUGUCUGUCCAUCAUCUGUCAAGGAAAUCCUGGACCGAGUGGUUUAAUGAGGGGCUUCAUGACACAGUCCAGGUUUUGCAGCAGCAGAAUUUAUUGAUUUGUCAUCUUUACAAUCACAAUGUUUUGGUGGCUCCCAGAGGAGAACGGAUUACAAAUUUGAGCCUGGUUCCUCUCAAGGUUUCUUCCUGCUGUAGUCUUUUACAGUAUUUUCCUACCAACAUCACCCGUGGCUUGCUCAUUAGGAUCAAAACCUACAACCUGCUUCUCCUGAAAAUAAAUUCUACACUAAAGGCAAAAUUUUUCUACAGGAUC